UCUACUACGAUCGUGACAACUGACGUCAUCAAAACGCGCCGUCCGUAGUCGUACAACUAGCCGAUAUUAUACUAGCUUCAGAUGGUAAUUUGUAGCCAAUAAAGGUGUUAAAAUGCCUAUGAAAGGAAGAUUCCCGAUCAGGAGGACGCUGCAGUAUCUCCAGCAAGGUGACAUCAUCUUUAAAAAGCGUGUGAAGAUCAUGACGGUCAAUUACAACACACACGGAGAGCUCAGCGACGGCGCGAGAAAAUUUGUCUUCUUCAAUAUUCCUCAAAUUCAGUACAAAAACCCGUGGGUCCAAGUAAUGAUGUUCAAAAACAUGACGCCGUCGCCCUUCUUGAGAUUCUACUUGGACGAUGGUGAACAGGUUCUGGUGGAUGUGGAAGGCAAAGACCACAAAGCCAUUUCACGACACGUAAAGACCAUUUUAGGCAAAUCCCAGACCGUGUUGGAGGAGGAAGCACGAGCCAAGAUGCAGGCCUCCAACCCAGCAAACUUUGGACCCAAAAAGUACUGCUUAAGGGAGUGCAUCUGCGAGGUGGAUGGCCAGGUGCCGUGUCCCAGUAACGUGCCACUACCCAAAGAAAUGACGGGCAAAUAUCGUUCCCAGAUGUUGGCACAGCAAGAAUGAAAGGCCCUGAAGAAAAGUAGACUUUUUCUAUGCGCAAGUUGUUGUUAGCCUGGCCUUUUUCUUACAGCUCAUCACGAGUUCUUGAUUGUGUCACAAAAGAUGGUUUCCAGGCAAAACAAAUUUUCCCUUUAUUCAAAUGUCAGCCCACCUACUGUACAAACACCAGGGCCAAGCACGCAGCUAACACUUCUUGAUUGCGCUGAAGCUCGACCCACAGGGCUCCAUAUCAUUUUUCAAAAAGUAAAGCCAUUUGGAAGACAUGGACAAAAUCAAGCUGACUGUCUUCUGCUUCAGGCCAAUUACUUCCAAGUGGGAAACCAGGACUUUGCACUAUGGUGUCUUACCAAUAAUGAUUUUUGUCCAUUGAAAAUUGGCAGGAAAAAAAAUAAAAUACACUGUACUGUA